AUGUACGCAUUGGGUUAUGCUUUGUCGGACGUGCCGGGCGAUGUUAGUUUGCGGUACAACGCCACAUCAUUUGCAAACAAUAAAUUUGAUAGACCACAUGUACUCUCGCCUUUCGUUAUGCCUACUUUAUCGGCCGAUGCUUGGUAUCUCAUCUGUCAAAAGCUUCACUUACCAGAUCGCUUGAGAUUUUCCUCCACUCAUCGUUACGCAAGAGAAAUCCUGGGUAAUUACCAAACUCAAAGAACGCAGUAUUGGAAUUCUAUUUUUAAAAGCUAUGAAUGGGUAGAAGCUUUCAAAUUGCAGCACCUGACCCCUGUCCUCGUGUUCCCUGAAAAAGAGGGGUCUUAUAUCUAUCUGUUCAUGGUUAAGAGGAAGAAUGUCAUAAGUGAUAAAUGUCACGUUUCCCAAGAUGAUGAUGACACCACUCCCGAGCAGCUCACGGAGGCUAGGAUCUCUCUUUUCAAGACGAUUAGGAAAUCUCUUCGCUCAUAUGCCCCUGGCGAGAAUCCCUGGGAGAUGCAAUUUGAAAACUUCACGCUGAAUAUGAGUAGCAUUCUGUUACCAGGUGCCCCCAACAGGUCUUAA